AGUACCUUUCCAGAAAAUGGUCGGGUUGUGUGUCGAGGUCUGACACGUAUUUAGCUAAAAAUCGUAAAUAAUUCUAUUAAAACUUUGCUAUGUUGCGCAUUUGAUCGAACUUUACUACCUAAAAUUGAUAUAACAUUGCUAAAAUGGAGUUCCGAGAGACGCUGCUAGCUGCCCAACGGAAUCAACAACAGAAGUCAUCUGUUGGGAGUUCUUAUUACAAAGCCCGCUUUGAUCCUCCAAAGAAAGAACAAAAAUCAAGAGAUCGACUUUCUGCUAAUAUACAAAAGUUUCUUGCUAAGAAAGAGGAAGAGGAAAAACAGAAGAAAUUGGAUGUACAACGGAAAAAAGAUGAAUUACUGGCUAUGCGAGAUCCAAAGGCAUUAAGAAAAAUUCAGAAAACAUUGAAGGUUAUUAAAUCUGCCAAUAAGUCUGUGAUAGCUGAUGCCAUCGACACAGAGCAUACAGCUGUCACGCGAGAGGGUCCGGACCAGCCGGAUCAGGAUGACUAUGGCUAUGAGUCUCAGGAAGCAGCUGCUCUUUAUGAGAAAAUGAUGCAGAAAUAUAACAAGAUGCCUGAAGUACCAAAGUUUUCUGCAAGCAGCAGUCAUGUAAACAAAGACUUAAACGGGACACGGGAGAGAGUAAAGAAUGCCUUGCAACAUGAAGAGGAGCCAGUGCCUCAUAAGCGAAGAAGAAGGACAGAAAAUGGUGACAAGGAUAGAGAGGCAAGUCCUCCACAAAAAUAUGAGCCAGAGAAGAAAAAGGACGAUAAGCCGGAAAAACCUAAAUUCCGUAAACCAGCCCCGCCGCCCAUGGAUUUCAAUCAGCUGUUGAAACUUGCUGAGCAAAAAAAGAGUGAACCAUUGGAAGUGGCGGCGAAGAAGGUGGUUUCUGAGUCGGAAUCGGUUAGACCGAUGACGAAAAAGCAGAGACGCGAAUAUGAGGAGGAAAUGGCGCGGCGACAACGUAGACAGGAACGCAUAGAUGCUGAAAAGUCCGGCAAGAAAGUUGUAAAAGAAGAAAGAAAGAUUGAAAAGGACAAGCCAGAAAAGAGAACAGAACCUUCUAGUUUCGGAAGGAUUCCCAAACUAGGCGAAAAAAAUGCUAACAACCGCAAAAACGAAGCUCCCAGAUCCUCUGAGAAAGACAAACAUAACAGUGAAAGAGAUAAAGCUGAUAGAGUACAGUCGGAGAAGGAUAGAAUAAGAUCCGAAAGAGAAAAAAUAGAGAACGACAAACUUAGUCAGGAGAAAGAGAGAUUUGAAAGACUAAAGGCUGAACGAGACAGGAUCGACAGAGAAAUGGAAAAAUUCAAGGAAAGGGAAAAACUUGAAAAACCUAAGGCAAAAUUUGAAAAAACUUCUGAUAAAAAACCUGACAAAAUCGUAGAUAGGGCCAAAAUAGGUGCAAGGGAUCACGAAAUCAAAAAGACUAUAGAUUUGAAGAGUCAGAAUACGUAUCGAAUAGACAAAAACUCUAAUGAAAAGAAAUUAAAUGUUCCGCACAAGGGCGAUCAAAGACUCACAAACGGGCAUGUACAAGGUAAACCCAUUCCGAAAAUGGGAAGGGAAGUUGUUAAAGACAAACUUGUUGCAAUAAAACAGAAGAGUUCAGAGGGAUCUCCAAAACCUAACGGAAUUAGAACAGAUAAAAAAUUAACAGACGCUACAAGACCUGACGAUAGGCGGCCGAUGCCAAGUAAACCUUCAGCAGGUUCGAGUAAGCCGCCAAUCAUCAACAGUUUCGAUUUCGAUAAACACAUCAGGUCUUUGGGCAAGAAUGGAAGAAAGUUUCCACCCGGGGGCGUUAAAAGGAAACCUCAUCCUGAUGAUAUUAGGAAGAAACAAAAACGCCGUUUGGAUUCGGAUUCGGAGUACGAUUCGGAGAUGGACGACUUCAUUGACGACGGCGACGAGAACAUGGACUAUUCCACGCACAUCAAAGAAAUAUUUGGUUACGACAAGGCAAAAUAUCGGGACUUGGACGACGACGAUGAUCCCUCAAUGGAGUCUAGUUUCUCGCGACAACAGCGGGAGGAGUAUAUUAGCAAGAAAAUAGGCAUAAUGGAAGAUUUGGAAGACAUGCGAAUGGAGGCGAUGGAGAAAAGUAAAAAGAAAAAGCAAAGACGGAUAAGUGACGACUGAUAAACAUUGACUCGCUGAUGUUUAACGGACCAAAAGCAAUUAUUAAAUUAUUUAUGUGCGCUUCGAAAUUAUUUAUACAAUUAUAUUUGAAAAUUUGUUAUUUUGGCCUCCGUGAAGCGGCUCGAAUUCUCUUUUAAGGCAACUUUGAUCGCGAAUUUUCUUACAGACCUUCAUUUGCUAAUUAUUUUUGCGCCAAUAUAUUUUGUAUAUACACAAAUGAGAAUC